AUGGUCCACGGCGGCAGCCACAUCAUCUACUCGCGCAAGGACGUCCGCCCCGCGCAGACGCGCCUCCUGCUCGUGCGCGGCUUCCUCCGCGUCAGUGUCGACUACCGCCUCUGCCCGGAGCUGACGCUGGCCGACGGGCCCAUGGCCGACGUGUGCUCGGCGCUGGCGUGGGCGCGCGACAUCCUCCCGGGCCUCGACUCGCCCGCCCGCCCCGCCGGCGGCGUCGUCGACGGCGCCCGCGUCGCUGCCAUCGGCUGGUCCUCGGGCGGCAUGCUGGCCCUGUCGCUGGCCUGGACGGCGCCCGCGCGCGGCCUGCCGCCCCCCACCGCCACGACGCCCAUCGACAUACCCGGCGCCGCGAGCUCGGGCCUCGCCUUCGACGUGCUCGAGGGCGUCCACGAUGCGCCCCUGACCAGCUACGGCGUCAUCGGCGCCCACGCGGCCCUUCCGGACCCGCGCAUCCUCGAGGACGCGCGCUGCCGAAUGAUCUUGCACAUGAACUGGAAGGCCCAGACCCUGCCCGUCAUCGUCGACGGCCUCCCGACCCGUGCCGCCGCCGACCGCGACGACGAGGCCGCCGGGGCCGGCUGCGUCACCGACUGGAACGCGGCGCCGCAACCCGACCUCGACCGCGUCCGCGCCGUUAGUCCGCGCGCCCACGUCGAGGCCGGCACGUACGCGCCCGUGCCCACGUUCCUGGUCCACGGCACCGGCGACGACCUAAUCCCGUGGCUCCAAAGCCAGGACACGUACGACGUGCUCGUAGCCCGCGGCGUGCCGGCCGGCCUCGCGCUCGUCGAUGGCGCUGCCCAUAUUUGCGACCGGAGCAGUGAUCCGGAGUCCGACGGCUGGAAAGCUGUGUUAAAAGCUUACACUUUCCUUAGCAAAUAUGUACUUUAG